AUGCCCCUGCGCCUGCUGUGUCUCCAUGGCUGGGGGACUAACCAGAAGGUUAGCCAAGUUGAGUAUGGGAUUGUCCUUCGGUAUUAUAAUGAAUCUCUGACGCAUCAUGACCGUCCAGGCGGGCUUAUCAAUGAUCUGGAGAGAGAUAACACAGCCACAUUCCACUUCCUGGAAGGAGACAUCGACUCAGACCCUGGGCCAGGCAUCGGUAGCUUCUACGAUGGGCCGUACUACAGCUACUAUCGCUUCCCACGGACAUUUUCUCCCGAGGACAGCGACGAGUCUGACAUUCUCGAAGCUUAUGACUUGUUGUACGAGACUAUCGCCAUGGAAGGCCCCUUUGAUGGCAUAUUAGGCUUUUCGCAUGGCGGUACUCUGGCUGCAGGGUUCUUAAUUCAUCAUAACAAGGUAUACCCGACUGAGCCUGCGCUGUUUCGGUGUGCCAUUUUUGUGAACUCCUUGCCGCCGUUUCGGAUGGAUCCCGGAGAGCGCCCGGUAGUAGAAGAUGGGCUUGACGGAUACAUCACAAUUCCUAGCUUGACGAUCGGCGGCACCAAGGAUCCAUUGUUUGACUAUUCACUAGCUCUGCAUCGAAUCUGUGAUCUACGGCGGUCCGCAUUUGUCGUGCAUAGCAAAGGCCAUGAUAUUCCCAACGACAAAAAAAAUGUUGCCGUGAUGGCGGCUGCGAUUCGAAAAUUAUCCAUUCAGGCGUUGGGGACCUGGUAG